AUGGAAAGUGUAGAGGAAAAUAACUCCGCAAGCGCAUUAUUGCAAAGUGCCGGCAUCAAGAAGAAGCUCCACAGUGGAGAAUACACACUGAGUCAAAAAAGAGGUCGUAGCAAAGUUUGGGAGAUAUUUUCCAAUGUUAAAAAUAACUCUGGCGAAGAGUUGCCCGAUAUUGUAGCAUGUAAAAGAUGCUACAGCAUUUACAAAUUUACGGGAUCAGAGAAACAAAAACAGGGAACAACAGGUGGAUCACCGCCAGAGUGGGAUCUUUUUAAAGACAUGCAGGCUUUGUUGGCUCCCUAUAAAAGCUAUCACCCCGAGGGUUUAGUGAUGGAUAACAUAAAUAAUCUAAAUUCUUCAAUUAUAUCCGCACCGUUGUCGCCAAUUUCUGAACCAUUUCCAUCACCGCCCAUAUCCGUUACUUCGCCGUCCACGUCACCUUCCAUAGCCACACCGCUGCCAU